UAGGAUAUGGUAAAAUAGUGAAAAAUGGCGGCGAGUAUGUUGCGGCUCCCGCUGCGACUUUCCUCCAGAAAUAUGGGGAUAAUGACCCGUAAUACCGGCUUGAAGACCUCAAAUAUACCCAGGACGACUCAAAGCAGGACCGCAGUGUCUACGCCGUCUGGAGCAAUUCUACCGAAGCCGGAAAAAACACCAUUUGGUCUCAUCCGCAUGACAUUAGUGGUGGUGCCUUUCCUUUAUGUGGGAAAUCUGAUCAGCAAGAACUUUGCCGCCCUCCUGGAGGAGCACGACAUCUUUGUCCCUGAAGACGACGAUGACGACGAUUGACCUAAGUCUGGAAAAGU